GAGAAAUAAAAUAGAAUUCCACCCUCCAAAACCUCCCAAACAGACUCUGCUUCUCCUCUUCUUCUUCGAUUUCAUUUUCAGCUAAUCUCAUUGAAAUCGUAAAACGGAAUUGAUUUCCUAUUCUUUCUACCAUAGUAAGCUGAGCUGAGCCAUUUAUAAAACAAAAGUAAAGAUCCGUUUUCUCAGAGAAUUCAUUUCCUCCUCUCUCUUUCUGGAUCCAUUUUUCAGGUGUUCGUUCGUUCGUUCGUUGAUGGUCAUCUAAUCUCCUUUUCUAUUACACCUGAUCAUUUCCUUCGAAAUUCAAUCCGUAAGAAAUGGUUGCCUUUGGGAAAAAGCUGAAGGAAAGACAAAUUCAAGAAUGGCAAGGAUACUAUAUCAACUACAAAUUAAUGAAGAAGAAAGUUAGACAACAUGCUCAACAAAUUGAAGUUGGAACACAGGAUCGCCGGCAUGUACUCAAGGAUUUCUCAAGAAUGUUGGAUAAUCAGAUAGAGAAGAUUGUUCUUUUUCUCUUGGAACAACAAGGGCUGCUUGCAAGCAGGAUAGCCGAGCUUAAUGAGCAGCAGGAGGCUCUUCAGCAGCAGCCAGAUAUAUCUGAAAUAUCUCAGUUACGAGAAGCUUAUAGAGAAGUGGGACGAGAUCUCUUAAAGCUUCUCUUUUUUAUAGAGAUAAAUGCCAUUGGUCUGCGUAAGAUACUGAAGAAGUUUGAUAAACGUUUUGGAUAUAGAUUCACUGAUUACUAUGUCAAAACCCGUGCCAAUCAUCCCUACUCUCAGCUGCAACAAGUGUUCAAGCACGUGGGUCUAGGAGCUGUUGUUGGAGCCAUAUCACGCAAUCUGCAUGAACUUCAGGAACAUCAGGGAAGCUACUUAUCGAUUUAUGAUCAGACUGCUCUUCCCUUCCAGGAUCCUGUUGUUGAUUCAAUGAAAGCAGCAGUUGACAGGCUAACCCACUCAACAAACUUCCUCAACUUCUUGGCACAACAUGCACUCAUUAUGCAAGAAGAGCUACCAACUUUUGAGGAACCUGUUGAUGAUCAAAAAUACCAUUUUAUAUCACUUCUCUUAAACUUAGUCAACACAUUUCUUUAUAUGGUCAAUACAUAUAUUAUUGUACCUACAGCAGAUGACUACUCCAUGAGCCUCGGAGCUGCAGCAACAGUUUGUGGUAUUGUGAUUGGAUCAAUGGCUGGUGCACAGGUGUUUUCUUCAGUAUAUUUUAGUGCUUGGUCAAAUAAGUCAUACUUCAGACCUCUUGUAUUCAGCAGCAUUGUUCUUUUCAUCGGAAAUGCCAUGUAUGCAUUGGCAUAUGACUUUAAUUCAAUAGCUGUUCUCUUACUUGGCCGUGUUUUCUGUGGAUUGGGUUCUGCCAGAGCUGUUAACCGGCGCUACAUCAGUGAUUGUGUACCGCUUAAAAUACGCAUGCAGGCAUCAGCAGGUUUUGUUAGUGCCAGUGCUCUUGGAAUGGCUUGUGGUCCUGCUCUUGCUGGCUUACUACAAACUAACUUUAAACUUUACAAGCUGACAUUCAAUCAAGACACUUUGCCAGGCUGGGUUAUGUCUCUGGCCUGGCUUAUAUAUCUAGUGUGGCUGUGGAUCUCAUUUAAAGAACCUUCUCAUGUGACUGAAGAGAGCAGUGCAGAGCAGGAAUCCACUGCUGAACCAGUAGAAAAUGAUGUUCUCGAGAAAGGUCUUAAACAACCAUUGCUAUUGAGUUCAGACGACAAGCGAGUGACUGAAGAGGGUGAUGGAGAAUUUGAUGGCAGUGACGAAGCUCCAGAGGAGGCUCGGGGACCAGCUACAUCAAUUGGAUCAGCAUAUAGGCUACUUACACCCUCUGUAAAGGUUCAGCUGUUAAUAUAUUUCAUGCUCAAAUAUGCAAUGGAGGUUUUACUCUCAGAAUCUAGUGUCAUUACCACAUACUACUUCAGUUGGUCAACAAGCUCGGUGGCCAUUUUUCUUGCGUGCCUAGGGCUAACGGUCCUUCCAGUGAACAUGGUUGUUGGAAGUUACAUUAGUAACAUGUUUGAAGAUAGGCAAAUUUUAUUAGCAUCAGAAAUUAUGGUUUGCGUAGGAAUACUGCUGAGCUUCCAUAUAAUAAGCCCAUACACUGUGCCACAGUAUGUCUGUUCUGGACUCAUCUUGUUUGUUUCUGCAGAAGUACUUGAAGGCGUCAACUUGUCACUGCUCUCUCGAGUCAUGUCAUCCAGGCUUUCCCGCGGAACCUAUAAUGGUGGUUUGCUCUCAACAGAAGCCGGGACAUUAGCCCGUGUAGUUGCAGAUGGCACGAUUACACUUGCUGGGUACUUGGGCGAGAGUAAGCUCUUAAAUGUCACGCUUCUUCCUUCACUGGUGAUUUGCAUAGCCUCCAUUGUUGCCACCUGCUUCACUUACAACUCCCUCUAUUGAUCCAUAUUUUGUAGUAAUUCACUGCUCUGUUCAGAACCCUAGUCCUUCAAACUCAAAUUUUUAUUUCCUUCUUUUUGUUAAUAUUUGUAUUUGAUGUCAGUUCUAUAAAUUGUAAGAAAGUAGCUCAUUGAUUCACAUUUUUAGUUCCAUUUUAAUAAAAGUUUUAUGCAUCUGCUAUA